AAGGAAACUGUGAAUCGCCAUGCCGAACCAUAAACAGCCGUUUUAAAGAUGGUUUGAACAUUUAGUUAAAAAAAACAGAAAGUGGCGAUCGCCGAAUGCCACCUAAAGCAUGUCGUUACAAAAGGGUAACUCAGAAUAUGCGUUGGAAGAAAGGGGAUUUUUCAUAGCUUCUGAGACAGAACGCGACUGGGACGAAGAAGAUAAUGUAGACCACAAGAGACUUAUUUUACUUAAAGCUGAUGCUUUAGCAUCGGAAAACCGUCUUAAAGAUGCCGUAGAUGUGUUUUCAAUGGCUUUGCGCCAUGAUUAUGUCCGACCGGACCAAUUAAGCACCUUAGUGGAUUGCAUUUUACGGAACUUCAAGAGAAAAUCGGAGGAUACAGCAAGGGUGGUAGUCAGUCAUCAAAACCGGGCCAAGGACAGCGAAUUUAACUGUCCAGGGUGUCAUAGAUUUCUUGGCGAACCUGUGACUAUUGCCUGUGGACAUUCUUACUGUAAAGGAUGUUUACGACAGUCGCUAUUCUCCAAAUGUAAAUUGUGCAGCGAAGACAUCGGGACAAGGCCUGAGGUCCUGCGACCUAAUGUAAUUCUUUGCGGACUUCUAGAAAAAUUGUUCCCUAAUGACUUCAAAAGAAUAAAAACGCUAGGGGAGGUUGAAGGUCUUUUACAAAGUGAACAGUUUGACGAGGCAGUGUCACUAGCAAGUAACCUUUUGGAAUCUGACCCUGAUGAUGUCUGGGCCAGAGUGUACCGAGCUGAAGCCCACCUAGGCCUGAAGCAGCAUGACCAGGCCCUGGAGGACUUGGACGUGUGGCUGAGUGGAGUCCCCACUGCUGAGGGCUAUUUCCGAAAAGCCAAAAUCCUCCAAGAGGUGGGACGAGUUGACGAAUCUCUGCAAGUCUUCCUACAGUGCCUGGCCUUGGAUGAGAGCCUCAGCAAGGCCAAACGAGAGGUGGAGAGGAUUCUGUAUGAUCUGCUGUCCCCCGUCGGUGAAAACGUGACGGUUGGUUUACGCGAGACGGCCCAGAACGCUUCCCCUCACCUGCGCAGUAAGAUCCUAGCGGGAGAGGCCCAGGUGAAAGCUCAGAACCAGCAGCGUGAAGAGCAGUCCCACUGUCAGUCUGAAACGCACACUGCCUCAGCCCAGUCCGAGCUACAGCAGAAGGUUAACCGGGCCGAGAGUCUGGAGCGGACAGGCCUGAACAGAGCUCACUCGCUGCGGGCCCGUGGGCUGGAGGGAGCGGGAGAAGAAGGGCUGAAGAGGGUGUGCUCAGCUCCGCAGCUUGGUGACCAGGAAAAGAGUGCUUUACUCAAGAGGAAACUGUCCAUCUCAGAGGCAGCGCAAUGUGUGGUAUACAGUAACAGGAGUAAACAUAAAAAACAAGGAGGUGCUGACCACGAGCGUGCUGUGGUAACUAACCCUCGCCGGACAGUGACCAAGGAACAGUUGGACUCCAAUGACCUUGAAUGCUCCCUAUGCAUGAGAUUGUUCUUUGAGCCAGUGACCACACCCUGUGGCCACACAUUCUGUAAAAGCUGUCUGGAACGUUGUCUUGACCAUACUCCCCAAUGUCCACUCUGUAAAGAGAGCCUCAAAGAGUAUCUAGCCACUAGAAAGUACUCCAUCACAGCCAUUUUGGAUGACAUCAUUAAACGGUACUUGUCUGAAGAGCAUUCUGAAAGGCAGAAGGUCCAUAUUGAAGAAACUAAAGAGCUCUCAGACCUGACGAAGAAUGUCCCUAUUUUUGUGUGUACCAUGGCCUACCCUACUGUGCCUUGCCCCCUCCAUGUCUUUGAGCCGCGUUAUCGCCUUAUGAUUCGCCGCUGUAUGGAGACUGGCACCCGCCAAUUUGGGAUGUGUAUCAAUGAUCCACAGAAAGGGUUUGUGGACUACGGUUGCAUGUUACAGAUCCGGAGCGUGCACUUCCUGCCUGACGGCCGUUCUGUUGUGGACACGAUUGGAGGAAAGCGCUUCCGUGUCCUGUCUCGUGGCAUGAGAGAUGGAUAUUGCAUCGCUGACAUUGAAUAUUUGGAAGACACUAAAGUAAAUGGUGAGGAGGAGCUAGUCAAACUGCAGGAGCUUCAUGACCAGGUGUAUGAGCAGGCCCGUACCUGGUUUCAGAACCUCAAGAACCGUUUCCGGAACCAAAUUCUACAGCAUUUUGGCCCCAUGCCUGAGAGAGAAGCAGAUAUUCAGGCCACACCCAACGGCCCAGCAUGCUGCUGGUGGCUUCUCGCUGUGCUUCCAGUGGACCCUCGUUACCAGCUGUCUGUCCUCUCAAUGACCACGCUGAAAGAACGCUUGGUCAAGAUCCAGCACAUUCUCACCUACCUGCAGAAUAUCCCCAAUGAGUAGAGCUUCUAGAACCAUCUUUCCACCUCCACCACGGUGCUUUAGAGCCCCUCGACUGAAAGAGCGCGGAGACACCAGCCGAGUAACGGAGAGAAGUCAGUCAGAUGAUAACAUCCUGCAAAAAAGCUUUUGGCCUGGAUCAGAUGUGUUAUGUUCAGAUUGUUUGAAAUGAUGUUGGUUUUGACGAUUGUUACUACAUAAUCUACAGUAUAUUAACUCUUUGCAUGCAGUUUCACAAACACAUAUAAAUAUAUAAAUUGUCAUUCAGAUACUUUGGACAUGUUUUUUGAUCCAGGUCUCCUUGAUUUUCUUUAUGGCCCUGUGUCUCUGCAUUCAUAAUUGUCAGUAUACCGCAGUAGUUCUGACACUAUCUUUCAGAGACUCCAAUCAGUGUGCUUGUUUUCUGCCACACAAGGGUCUGUCAACACUAUCAACUAUCAAUAGUCUUGCUGUAAACUUUUCUUUCUCAAAGGCAGGUGUCUCAGAGAAAUGUGUGUAUGUAUGUGUGUGUAUGUAUGUAUAUGCGUGUGUAUGUAUGUAUGUGUGUUUAUGUGAGAGUGAAAGAGAAACCAGCAGAGAGUAGGUUUGCAGUGGACUGCUUGGGGAGCUUCAUAAGAAAAUCUCAAAUGCUGAAUUUAAACAACCUGUUGUGGGAGGGAGAGGGACACACUGAUAUCAUAUGACAAGUGGGGUCAAGGGGGAAAGUUAGACCUUUUUUUCAUAUGAUUAUAGUGCAACGACAAGAAAAAAACUUGUAACAACUCUUAGGGAAAGAAAGCAGAAAUUUCUUCCAAGUAUCAAGCCUCUUUCUUUCACUUUACAAGUCAAGCACGCACAAGAGGCGGUUGUUCUGCAACGGCUUCAAAAACACACUGAAAGAGAGCAGUUUUGAUAGCAUACUAAUAUUAAUGUUGUGUUACUUCCAUUUCUGUCAGAUUAAAAAAAAUGCCAGACACAACUCUAUCCAUCGUCACUUACUGAUAUGUGGGACAUAUUGUACCCAUGGCAAUAGAGUAUAUGCAUUUUAGCUGCUGAGAAAACAGAACUAAUUUGGACAAUUCCAAAUUCAUUCUUCCAAGAGUGUCCUUGUUUUGGACCCGUAGAUCCAGGACUUCAAUCCUGGUAGUUUAGUUAGAAAUGUCAUUGAUUUGCUGUGGGUGUGCUCUGAUCUGGGUCAUCAUUUAACAAAAAUAAAAAACAAAAAAAAAAAAACAACAACAACAAAAUCAAAACCUUAUCUUCCUUGUGUUACCAGUGUCUGAAAGCCAAAAGUUCCAAUUCCUGUUGAGUCCAGUAUAACUGAAGCAGUAAUUUUUCUUUUUGAAGAAAACAGAACAGAAAAAAAGAGAGAUCUAUAUAUUUUGACUGUGUGUUUGUACAAAUAAAUAAAAAAAGGGGGAACUUGCAAUAUUUUGACUGAUUCACAUAAAUAAAAUGAAACAUGAAACGUUACUGUCUGCGUUUGGCACUAAUGCUCCAGAAAGACGGCAUGCUCAGAUAGGCAGUAACACCGAUGUGCUGGCUUUCUCUGGCACUUCUUUCUCUGUGGUGCUCGAGUGUGCAGACUAAACUUAUGCCUUAUACCAUUUUGCAUUUUGCUGACAGGGCAUAAUGCUUUGGGCCUGGGUUGGUUGCAUUCCUGUUGCCAGAGUAAUAAUUCUGUGGUCUAAUUUUCUUCAGUUGCCUCUUGGCCAAAUUAUUUUCAGUGUGUAAGAUAUGUCCAGUAAUGGCUCUAUUGUAUGUAAAUC